AUGUGCGAAAUCCAAAAGGGUCUGUUUUCUGUGAUUGAGAAACUAAAGGGCACGACAGAACAGGAGCUUCGGAUCGUUCUUCUUGGUCUGGAUAAUGCUGGGAAAACCACCCUACUGAAAGAGCUUGCAUCAGAAGAUGUCAACACUAUUACCCCAACUCAGGGCUUCAACAUUAAGAGCGUGAACUGUCAUGGUAUGAAACUCAAUGUUUGGGACAUUGGGGGACAGAGGAAGAUUCGUCCCUUCUGGAAGAAAUAUCUGGAAAAAACUGAUUUGUUGAUUUAUGUCAUUGACAGUGCUGAUAAGAAGAGGUUUGAGGAAACUGGUCUGGAGCUCUCAGAACUAAUCGAUGAAGAGAUUCUGAAGGGAGUUCCAGUGCUCAUCUUUGCCAAUAAGCAGGAUCUAGCCACGGCAUCCACAGCCAGUGAGAUAGCAGAGGGCCUCAACCUGCACACAUACCGGGACCGAGAGUGGCAGAUCCAGGCCUGCUCAGCUAUUUCUGGGGAGGGAGUUCAGGAUGGAAUGAACUGGAUCAGCAACAAUAUUGUAAACAAGAAGAAAUGA